AUAAAGCUGAUUCAUAUUUCGCAUCAGAGACGCAGCAGCAGCGAGACUGCACAAUGUGAAAUUUAGAACGAACGCUCGAGCUUGGGUAAUCAAUGAGCUGGUACUGAGAAAGAGAGAAAUAGAAGAAAACUCCGUCCAAGUGAAAUAGAGAAUGAGAGAGAAUGAGAGAGAAAUUCCGGUGAGAAAAGCUUAGUAGAUAUUUCGUGACAAGAGGCGCAUGGCAAUUCUCGAUUCGUCUCAUCAGCAAAGACUCAAGUUAAAGUAAGCGUAUAACAAAUGCCUGUUGUUGGUGCUCGUUAAUCAAAAAUGUAAAUAUAUUUGAGUGAUCAAAAAUUAUCUAAGACAAAUAUUAUUGUGAAAUAUCCGAGGCCCUUGUUUAUAUUUUGAAUAUGAUGAAGGGACAAAUACAAGCAGCACGAGAAAGGUUAGGAGGUUUCAGCAAUAACAGUUACUAUUCUAGUUCGUCAGACCAUGUAUCUGACAUUCAACGUAUUGUUCCAAUCUCGCAUUAUGAAUUGCAAUUGGAUGAUCCUGCAGUUGCAACCGAAGUCGAUAAUAAAGUUAAAACUAAAUUACUCUCUAUAUGGAAUAAUGUUAAAUAUGGAUGGACUGUAAAAAUAAAGACAAAUUUUUCUAAAGAAUCUCCAGUAUGGUUGCUAGGACAAAGAUAUCCCAAACAAUUGGAAGAUACUUUAGAAAAGGCUUCGGAAGCUCUUUCUGGAUUAGGAACUGGAAGCGAAGUUUCCUUGGCAAUAGAUGCUGCCACUUACGAAGAAGGAAUCGAAGGGUUUAAAAGAGAUUUUGUUUCGCGGUUAUGGCUUACUUACAGAAGAGAAUUUCCUAAUUUAAGAGGUUCUACUUUCACUACUGAUUGUGGCUGGGGUUGUAUGUUACGAAGCGGUCAGAUGAUGAUGGCGCAAGCAUUAGUUUAUCAUUUUCUAGGGCGAGAUUGGAGGUGGAAUCCUGAUCAAACUGUUGAAACGGAUGAACAGAAAGACGAAGAGAUGAAACAUCGUAUGAUUAUAAAAUGGUUUGGAGAUCAACCUGGACCUCAUUCUCCUCUUUCUAUUCAUAAACUCGUAUCGCUCGGUGCACAAUCAGGAAAACAAAUAGGGGAUUGGUACGGGCCUGGAUCAGUUGCACAUAUUCUAAGCCAAGCAGUAAAAUCUGCCUCUGAGAUACACAGAGAGUUUAACAAUUUGUGUGUUUACGUUGCUCAAGAUUGUGCAGUCUAUUUGGACGAUGUGAAGAAGUUAUGCGAAACAUCAGAUGGAAUCUGGAGAUCUCUCGUAUUACUAGUACCAUUAAGACUUGGUACAGAUAAGUUAAAUCCAAUGUAUAUACCAUAUUUGACUAAGCUGUUGGAAUUAGAGUUUUGCAUUGGUAUCAUUGGUGGACGUCCUAGACAUUCGCUUUACUUCAUUGGUUAUCAGGAAGAUAAGCUGAUACAUUUAGAUCCUCAUUACUGUCAAGAAAGUGUUGAUAUGUCGAAAGAAAUGUUUUCCUUAUCAACAUUCCAUUGUACCUCGCCUAGAAAAAUGGUACUUUCCAAAAUGGAUCCCAGCUGUUGCAUCGGUUUUUACAUAUAUGAUAAAGACUCUUUUGACGAAUUUAUAACAAAGAUCGAAACCAUAUUUAUGACUCAAAGUCAGAAAGCGGAUUAUCCGAUGUUUUUAUUUUGCGAAGGAAGCGGGGAGGAGUUGCAAGAAAACAUAGAGGUUGGUGAAAAUCCAUUGCCCUCGACAUUGUUUGUACGACCUGGUGCAUUCGAAGAUCAUUAUGAGUUUGAGGAAUUUGAACUCAUUUGUAUAGGGAAUAAAAGUAAAUAGAAAAAGAAUCGCGAUGUACUUAUAAAUACUUGAAACGUAUUAAUUACACAAAGUACGUACUAUUUACUUAUUUACAUCAUACUAUUACUAUUACUACUACUACUACUUCUAUUGCUACUACUACUACUACUACUACUACUACUACUACAAUUACUACAACUACGUUCGACAAAUUUGUAAUUCUUUGUUAAUUCGUCCAAUAUUCUUAAGUGAGAAAUUCAACAAUAUUAGAGAUUACUUCGAAAUCUAACACACAUACCAUUGUGUCGUUAUUGCGUAGUUAAGUGUUAUUAAAAUUUAAAGGUAAAGUAAUGCGCGCUAACUAAGAAAAAACAACAUAGCGAAUUUUUUGAAGAAGAUCUCUCUCUCAUGAUGUACGUCUUACAAUUGCAGACUGAUGUCAAUGCGUUGACUAAAUUAUAUUUAAGUGUGUAAAAAAAAUGUGCAGAAAAGAUAGAAGUUUAAACCGACCAUCUAUUUCUGUGACGGUUAUUAAGAUACUUAUGUGUAAUGAUCUUUAAUAAGUAUUAAACGAAGGCACAAUUUUUUUACAUUUUGUUAUUUGAUCUCGAGAUCGUUGCUAUUUGUUUUUUUGUUUAU